AAGGAUUCUCCGCCCCCUGUCGAUUGUUACAAACACAAUUUUUAUUCACUUAUUCAUGUCAGACAUUUAGAGUGAUUAAUCAAAACAGCAGCUUUAACUUGUAUUUUGCAGAAGAAGCCUUCUCGAUAGUAAACAGCGAGUUUAGGAAACCCCUUUUCUUUCAAGUAAAGAGCCCUAUGGAGUGUAGUGCACUAUGUAGUGAUGCUGCCUUCUGCUGGAGCCGCACUGCUCCGCCGGCCCGUGCAGAGAUGGCGAGGAAACCCCGUGGACACGGCACUGCUUUUUCAUGACGGUGUAAUGGAUGAUGAAGACGACCGCCGUCUUCUGGAUUUUAUAGGAGAUGUGCAAGCAUUGAAUGAGUAUCUUCAUGGUUCAAAUAGUAAAUCUAUUGGAGAAGAUGAUGUGACUAAUGCAGCGUUUGGGUCGGCCAGUUCAUUCUUCACCAGUGACGCAGGUGGCUCCAACGAAGAACUCAAAGAUGACCACAAUCAUUUGGGAGAGUUUGGGGAGGCUGAUGGAAGCAGUCUUCCUUUCAUCGAGGAUGACCUCGACAGUGGAACCUCACCAGAUGGAGUCGAUCUUGGGGGCGAGGACCAACCCUUUGACAUCCUUCAGAAGUCAUUGCUGGAAGCAGAUAUUACAGAGCAGACAUUGGCUCAAGAAGCCCUUUUGGACUCCCAGCCAUCUCUCAUUCCCACAGCUACCGCCUUCCCUCAGCAGCUGGUCUCUGGAGGGUUUGGAGGUGUCGCGGGUCCUGGUGUGGUGGCACCAUUGGCACAACCUCAGGCUUUUAUACAGCAGGUUCCCCAACUACCCAUACCAAAUGGCCCCGCUGGACACAUCCAGGUAGUGGGGUCCUUCAAUGGCAGUGCCUCCUCCAUGAUGACUAUCAACAGUUUGGAACAGUCUCAGAUCUUGUUGAGGCCGAGCGGAAAUGUAGUGACAAACAACAGCGGGCAAGGUACCAUGUUCGCCCCUUCGGCAGCUGGUCAGGUGUCAAUGUCCUUCAAUAAAGGGACGAUACCUCUUCAGAAUUUUAUCAUCCAGAGAGGCCCUAUGCAACAGACAUUGAUUAGACCCAUUCAGCCUAAACCCUUACAGACAGGGGGACAAACUCUAUACAAUAUCAGCAACAUUGGGCUUCAACCCAGCACCACCACUACUGCGAAUUUAGUCAGUAGCCCCUACACAGCCAGCGGCUCUCCUCAGUCUGCUCAACAGGUGAAAGUGGUCAAUCCAGCCAGCAGCAUUGUAAUGCAUUCACCUCUGGGGCAACAAGCUCAACCACAGUCCCAAUCCAAUCUGUCUCAAGGGCAGUUUUUGCUACCCACUUCUAUUUCCCUCACCCCUGGUACGACUGUUCACGGCUUCCAGGCUGUGAAUGGGCAGGUGUUACAAACAAACACUCAAGUGGGCGACCAGUCGUCAUUGAGCACUACCACCUACUCCAUCCUCACCAAUCAGAACACAACAGUACAGCUUAUCGCUGGGCAGAACUUUUCAACUGGAGGCCAGCUGAUAGUCAAUCAAGGUUCACCGACACCUGUUGUGCAGAUGUCUCAAAGGCCUGGUGCCACGGCCAAAGUUUGGACUGCCAGCUCUUCGCCUAACCCAACACCUGUACAGACAUCACAGGCUUCAGGCCACCUCACCAUGGUCAGUUCUGGCAUCCAAGGCCCACAGGUUUGUCAACAGUUAUCUGUGACCCCAGGACAGCACCUCCUAAUGCCCAUGGCCCAGAACAUUCCAGCUACUUCUGGUGUUCAGGAGUUUCAAGUCUCUUUAAACCAGGACACCACAACAGCAACACAAAGAGGGCAAACACAAUUAGUUAAUCUCCUUGGUACCAAAACUGUGAAAACACUCACUCCUGUCGGUCAGGAAUGGCCUCUCACACCGAAGCGACCUGCAACUCAACAACUUACUCGAGGAGAAAUGGUUCUCCAGCAGUUAAGACGAGAUCACAGUGGAGUCAUGUCUUCAGAGCGGACGCGCUUCACUUCAUUUAAUGAUGUCAUUGACAGAUUACUGCCCUAUCAUGUUUUCCAAGGCUCACCACCACGAGAUGAAGGUUUCACUGAAGUUGAUGAGGAGUUUGAGGCAGUUGCUGUACAAGUGUUAAGCAGAACGCAGGCCAUGGUGAACAAAUACAGGCGCUUACUCAUGGUGGAGUCAGAGAGGUCCAGCCCUUCAUCAGAAAUGGUGAUGAUUGACAGGACUUUUAAUCAAGAGGAACGGGGCAACUUGACCCAAGACAAACGAAUGAUAUUAGUGGAUCCAGAUGGCUUUCUGGAAGACUUCUGCUGUGGCACUAAACUGAAGAUCCAAAGUGCAGAAGUUUUAACCCCAGCCUCCCAUGAGGGCAAUCCCAGUGUAAUGGAGACAUCCCCAAGGCAUUCCAUAAGUCACACCGGAAGAGAUGGGCAGGGUAUGAACAGCCACAGAGAACCUGCUUAUAGGACAGAACCUCAACAACAAGGAAUGGAGGAACACAGAAGAACUCCCAUCAAGUGCAUCCUGGAUCUAAAAAAAAAGAAAUCCAUCAACCUAAUCAGCAGCAACAGUCAACAUGCACACUACCCUACAUCUCCCAGCCAAUCACAGCAUAGCUCCGCCCAAGGCUACCCUUCGAACCUGGUGCAGGGUCAUGAACAGCAACAUCUCUCAGAUCAUAGUCACGCCCCAUUGGCUGACACUGACUCUGUGCUUGAGGCUGCCGUGAAUAGCAUCUUAGAAUGUUAGACAGUGCCAUAUUUAUGUUUGUUAGUUGUUCCAUGUUAAUCUCAUUUCAUUUCAUGCCAUGUGUGUGCAAGCUGAACUCCACGGCACGUGUGAGCAGAUGUACAUUGGCAUUAUUGGGUGUGCACACAACGGCUCUGAUGAUGUCGAGGAACAGGAAGGUGAAUCUGGUGAUGGUGAUACUCUAAUACUGUGCCUGUUGUCCUAGAGAAGUUUACAUAAGUAAGCCUUUUUGACAUGCUUCACAGGAUACAUUUGUAACCACACACACACAUAAAUACAUGCACACAUACACACACAAUCAAGUAGUAAGUGUCAUGUUUGAAAUGUCAUGAGUAGACAUUGAUAUUUGUAGUUUAUCGGUCAAUAUCAGACACUUAGUCUAAUAGUCUGUCUGCACUUAAGGUUGUAUGGUUGUCUCAACACUUAUGUUGUAUCAUUGCAGUAGACUUUGACCAAGUGAUGCACACGAACACACCUGCGCGUUGAAUUGUUUUUGAGCAUUGGCUGUGCUCUUUAUUUUUGGUUUACUUUUUUGUUGUACCUUACAGGUAUGUGACCUCUCCACAGUGACAAAACUCACUUGUGUGGUUUUGUGCAGGGGAAAGUUAAGUCCUCAGAUUGAGGGUACAAUGUUACAUUAUGUUUAUCUAUAUUUGUUUAAUUAAUUUUUUUUUUUUAAAUGAUGCAUAAUACAAUUUUUUUUUUUUUUGUAAAAUCUGUGCUGCUCCCUGCCUGGAGAAAGUAUGUGCUGUUUUGUAUCUAAAGUUAGUGUCUCAAAGAACUUGCAUGGGUGAAUCUCAUAAAAACGUACCACAUUUCGACCCAAAAUGAAAGGAAAUAAAAAUAAGUAAUAUUUAGCAAAAAUAAAUGAAAACCAU